GGACUGCUCAAACGCUGCAUUUGGAAUGCAUGUUGGAGGUUUUGAGUGAGGUGAAAAAGACAGAACUUCUCAUGAGCAACAUUUUCAACGAUACCUUAUGUAUGCAGUUGAGACACGUGGAUUAGUUCUUCCACGUCUUUCACUUCGUCUCCGUCGCUCUUCGCAACCAUCAACAUCGAGAUCAACUCAUCUCCUCUCCAGCACUCUGCAUCUGACUGUGUACGGUUGCACUCUUCAACCUUUUGACAAGCACCGUCCUUUGGAUCAUAUCAAGCCAGCUUCGCUUCUUCUUUUUCGA